AUGUACGUCCAGCAGGUGUUUUAUGUUUUAAACUUCCUGCUUAUUACCAAUUUAUACAUGUGCGUAGAACUCGAAUUUUGCGAACUUGUGCAACUUGGCAGUGAGAACAGGGAGAGAAGAAUUGAUCGCAACAUGGUUUUUCAAAUAAAGGCUUUUAAACAGCUCUUCCAUCUGAACGUUGUACCCGACUCUAGUUUUCUUGCACCUGACGUCGCAUAUGAGAAACAUAUCCUCUCAAAAGUGUCGUCUCUGCGCAGCUGCUUCUACUCCGGGGAUGUGAACUCGGACCCUUCUUCCUCCGCGGCUCUCAGUGUGUGUGGAGGAGUGCGCGGUGCGUUUUCUUAUAACGGUAUGGAAUACGAUUUCCAGGUCAGAGGGAAUGAGACCGGUGAUGGAUUUCCCUCAAGCGCUGGAAAGACGCACGUUAUACGCCGCCGGUUUCCCCGUAAUGUCACGUCAAGAUGCGGAGUAACAUCUGGAUUGAACCAAGGCGCUGCAGAACCACUGCAAAUGCCCGAGCGCGUAAAGGCGCACGCGGAAAUACGAAAAAAGGCUGCUCUGAAAGGCACAAACAGGUCCAAAAGGUUUGUUUCUCUGUCCAGGUAUGUGGAGGUGUUGAUUGUAGCUGACGAGUCCAUGGCCAAGUUCCAUGGGGACGACCUGAGACAUUACCUUUUGACUCUCAUGGCUGUUGCCGCCAAGCUGUACCGGCACCCCAGCAUCAUGAACCUCAUCAACAUUGUAGUAGUGGAUAUGCUGGUGAUUUAUGAGCCUGAGGAAGGACCCAAGAUUUCCAGCAAUGCUGCUGUCACACUACGCAACUUCUGCACCUGGCAGAGAAGGUUGAACAAGGUGAAUGACAAACACCCUGAGUACUGGGACACUGCUAUUCUGUUCACAAAGCAGGACUUGUGUGGGGCUACCACCUGUGACACUCUGGGCAUGGCUGAUGUUGGAACCAUGUGCGAUCCCAAAAGAAGCUGUUCAGUUAUUGAGGAUGAUGGCCUACCCUCAGCCUUCACCACAGCACAUGAAUUAGGCCAUGUCCUCAAUAUGCCACAUGACAAUGUGAAGGCCUGUGAGAUGUUUGGGAAACUAAAGGACAACCACAUGAUGUCCCCUACCCUCAUCCAGAUUGAUCACAACAGUCCCUGGUCCAGCUGCAGUGCAGCCAUUGUGACCAACUUCCUGGAUGCCGGUCAUGGCGACUGUCUACUGGACAAGCCCCAGAAACUGCUUGCGCUACCAGAUGAUCCUCCGGGAACUGCUUACAGCCUCAGCCGCCAAUGUGAGUUGGCAUUCGGCUCUGGGUCCAAGCCCUGUCCGUACAUGCAAGCCUGCUCAAAGCUGUGGUGUACAGGAAAGGCCAGGGGACAGCUGGUGUGCCAGACUCGCCACUUCCCCUGGGCUGAUGGCACCAGCUGUGGCAACAGCAGGAUAUGCUACGGGGGUGCUUGCAGUAAUAGGAACACCACCAUUAAACCAAUGGUAGAUGGACAAUGGGCUAAGUGGGGAGCAUAUGGAUCUUGCUCUCGAACAUGUGGAGGAGGAGUUCAGCUGGCAAAAAGGGAGUGCAGCAGCCCUGUUCCAGAAAAUGGAGGCAAAUACUGUCAAGGCCUGCGUGUAAAAUAUCGCUCCUGCAAUCUGGAGCCAUGCAAAUAUUCAGGCAAAAGUUUUCGUGAGGAGCAGUGCGAGUCCUUCAAUAACUUCAGCCUUAACACCAACAGACUUAGACCCUCUGUGAUGUGGGUCCCUAAAUACUCCGGAGUUUCUCCAAAAGACAGAUGCAAGCUUAUCUGCAGAGCCAGUGGCACAGGAUACUUUUACGUACUUGCUCCAAAGGUUGUGGAUGGAACACUCUGCUCCCCAGAUACUUCAGCAGUUUGUGUUCAAGGGAAGUGCAUUAAAGCAGGUUGUGAUGGAAAGCUGGGCUCCAGCGUAAAAUUUGACAAGUGUGGAGUGUGUGGAGGGAACAACCAGAACUGCCACAAAGUCUCUGGAGUGUUCACCAAACCUGUACAUGGAUAUAACUUUGUGAUCACUCUACCAGUCGGAGCCUCAAAUAUAGACAUCAGGCAACGUGGAUAUCGCGGUUUGGCAAAUGAUGACAACUACUUAGCCAUCAAGAACAUUCACGGUCAAUAUCUUCUCAAUGGGAAUUAUGUGGUAUCUACUGUUGGACGACAUAUAAUUGUAAAUGACACUACACUACGCUACAGUGGAACAUCCACAGCUGUGGAGAAGGUGCAGGCAAUGAGACCUCUCCAGGAGCCCCUGACAGUGGAGGUGCUGUCCGUGGGGAAAAUGACACCUCCUCGUGUGCGCUAUUCAUACUACCUGACCAAUAACAAGGAGGGGAAGAUUCUGAAAAAGGAGGAAAGGAAGCAUGUACAGAACAGCAUUCUGGUAGACACCAACAAGGUGCAACUAAAAAAGUUAGCCUAUCAGAAACCUUCUAGUAAAUGGGUUACCAGUGACUGGGAAGAAUGUUCUGUAAGCUGUGGCAAUGGCUUUCAGAAAAGACGUGUUCAGUGCCUAGACUCAAAUGGGAAAGCAACUGCAUUUUGUGACAGCACCCAAAGGCCUAGUUCUCAGAAGGUGUGUGGUGGCCCUUGCCCUAUGUGGAGUAUCGGUGAGUGGUCUGCUUGCUCAAAAAGCUGUGGGAAAGGUUUCAAGAAAAGGCCUCUACACUGUGUCACUCAAACAGGGCUACUCCUACCCAGAGACCGCUGCUCAAGCAAGAGGAAGCCACACGAACUGGAUUUCUGCACUGUUCAAACCUGCUAGAGACUUGUUAAGACUUGCUCAAACUCCUUUGGGCAUUGUGGACAUAUAGUCUAUAGAACUGUUCUUUUCAGUCUAAACAAACCUCUUGAUUUACGUUUGUUUUCACUUGUGUAUCUCAUGGUACCCCAGCUGUGUGACAGGAGACAGUAGCUGCGUUUACACGGACAACAAUAAUCCACUCUUAAUCCGAUUAAGACCAUACUCUAAUUAAGAAACUACCAUGUAAACAGCAAUUUUUACUUACCUUAAUCUAAUUAAGGUCAUAAUCGAAGUAAGCAAUAAUCUAAUUAAGACAGGUGGAGUACUCCUGUUUUAAUCGUAUUAUGGACGUGUAAUAGUGACAUGUAAACACUUUAAUCACAUUAUGAACGUUGUGUGGGAGUUUUCACAGCAUUUUGCGACAGGACACAAUCACACACGGCAGUUUUACAUUUUACGGCGAACAAGAGAGUUCGGCUGUGUCCCAAAUCGCAUACUUUCCUACUAUAGGCCUGUAGUGGGGAAAAAUACAUGUAUCUCGGCUAUUAUAUAGACGGUAACUACGCAAUUUGGGUGACGUAAUGACGCGGGCUGUUAAUCUAAUUAUGUUCUAAAACAUGUAAAACGGGAACAUGACAGGAGUAUUCUAAAAGCGACUCAUGUAAACACCUUAAUCACAUUAUUAUCUUACUCAGAUUAAGGUCAAUAAUUAGAUUACUGCUGUCCAUGUAAACGUAGUCAGUGAUUGGUGAGACUGCAGAAAUACAUGACUGGAAAGGCUGAGGUAAAAACCUUAUCAUUUUUGUGAUGAUUUGAAGUCACAUGACCUACCUCGAAAAGACACUGACUCAUAGUAGAAGAUCAUUUGUUGUCUGAUCAUAACAUUCAUCUUUAUGCGGCAAAAAAUGAUAAAUACAAAACAAUGUCAUAAAUAGGGUUCGAAAUUACACUGAAAGCAUCUGAUUUUUCUUAACUGCUUGAAUUAAAUGUGAAACAUUGCUCUUACACUACAAAAUAUUAUAUUAUAAUAUUGGGUUCAUUCAUUGAUUCUGCCUUGUACUGAAAAAUACUCUAUCAUCCCACUUCAUGCUUUCUAGUAUAUCUACAUUCACAAUUAAACAGCAACCCAAGUAAAACCACACAGUCAAAAACUAUUUGUCACAAAAUAUUUGUCAUUUCCUAUUUUUAAACAUUUUUAACCGUUAGAUAAAUUACAUUUAAAUGUAGGCAUUUGUAAUGUGUUGAAUACUCUAUUUCCCAUCUGUGUGAUUAUUUUACCCUAUCAGUACACUCUAGCUGCAAACACGAUGACGGAUCCCAUCAUGUUCCCCAUGUUCCUCUAAAGUAACUGAACACACUUGUGUGUAUUGGUUUUAUUCUCUGCUGUAUUUGAGGAGAUUUAGUUAGACAAAUAUCUAUUGCAUUUUAUGAUUUUAGUUAAGAAGGGUUAGGAAACUUUUUUUAUUCUUUCUAAAAACCAAGUUUUGAGGAUUGGUUCUGUAUGUUGUAUCUUUUAGUGUAGUAAGAAGCACUUAUAUUUUGCUACCAGUUUCCUUUGUAUACUGUGUAUACAUUAUGUUAAC